CUGUUUGGUGACUGAGCUGGACUAGCAGCACAGAGACAAACCUGCAGGAGUCCACAGGUCUGAACACAGGACUAAUGAUGUUGCUACAGCAUCUGUACUGUUACUGCUUUAGAUGAGCCUCUCCGAAGAGCCAAGAGCAGACGGAUUACAUGUAAAUGCACAUGGUCUCUGAGCGGCUGAUGAUCUUGGAGAGGAGGAGGCUGAGAAAGACACCGUAAGCAGCAAAAGACAGUUUUACAGGAUUUAGAAGACGAGACAGAUACGAGUGUAGACGGACUGCUUUAAAACUUCAAAUAACUGAAGGAUAACCUUUAAGCAUUCAUCCAACAAAAAUGCAUCCAGCAAGCUUAAGGAUGAGUGAGUGGCUUUUCUCCUUCUUCUUCUGUGCCAUCUGUUUUUCUGUGUGUGCUGGGACAGGAAUGCCGGGUUCUGACUACAACCCUCAUCCUCGCUUCAUCUGCACCCCCAUUCCCUCUGAUGCCGAUCCCGGGUGCUUCCCAACAGCGGGCGGCCCCGGAGCCGGACACCACGGCGGGAACAGCAACGGCUGGUGGGGAAUGUCCGAGGAGGCCAAAGUGACAAUCCUGCACCUGCGGGAGAGUUUGGUGCAGCAGAAGGAAACCAUCCUGGACCAGAGGGAGACCAUCCGAGAGCUCACCGCCAAACUGAACCUGUGCGAGGGCUUGAGCCGCACACCCGCACACCUGGCCCAUCACGCCCAUCACGCCUACCCCACGGCACCCGACACGGCACACCUCGGGCUGGAGCUGGGUCACUAUGGCGACGGGGUCGGAGGGCAUCAUGGUGGGAAAGCUGCGCUGAGCGAGAAGCAGGUGACGGGGGAGAUUCCUUCAGCCUCGUCCACGCCGGAGCAGAUGAGCAGGAUGCUGCAGAGCCUGAAAGAACGGCUGGACAACCUGCAGACGAGAAACACCUCCACCAGCUACUCCAGCUCGCUGAAGAACCUCCUGCAGAGGAAGAUCAGCGCUCUGGAACAACAGAUGCAACACCAUUCUGCAUCGCUAACCAGCGGCGCUCACACUGACCAUGAGGAUGAUGACGGUCACCAUGGCGACGCUCACGACGACCACAGCCAUCAUGAUGACAGAGACCACGACGGCCAUGACGACCACGGUGAUCCUCACGACAACAGCCACCACAGUGAUCACCACGACGACGAUCACCAUGAUGACAGCCACCAUGACGACAACAGCCACGACAACGGACACCAAGACAGCAGUCACCAUGACAACAAAGUCUCCGAACAUGGCUUCGAGAGGUUGUCUUAUAACCUACAAGGCCACGGAGAAGCACAGAGUGGAGUUCACAGCAAACUGGACGCGGUUCUCAGUCAACUGCAGCAUAGGCUCACUGACACGGGCUCUAGAGAGAACAGCAGACCCACGGAGGCUUUCCAGAUCGGCUUCCCCAUGAGAACCAACUACAUGUACGGUCGUGUGAAGCACUCGCUGCUGCACGAGAUCUUCUCCUUCACGCUGUGUCUGUGGAUGAAGGCUGGCAUCGGGCCGGGGCUCGGGACGCCCUUCUCCUACUCCGUGCCCGGACAGGCCAACGAGCUGGUGCUCAUCGAGUGGGGAAACAACCCCAUGGAGCUGCUGGUCGAUGACAGAGCCGUUACUCUACCGCUCUCUGUGAAUGAUGGUAAAUGGCACCAUGUGUGUGUGACGUGGUCGACGCGGGACGGCCUGUGGGAGGCCUAUCAGGACGGAGUGAAGAGAGGCUCAGGAGAAAACCUCUCGCCCUGGCAUCCCAUCAAACCUGGAGGAGUCUUCAUACUGGGACAGGAACAGGACACACUGGGUGGCCGCUUCGACGCGACGCAGGCGUUCGUUGGUGAAAUCUCAGACAUGCAGAUGUGGUCUCAUGUUCUCACACCACAUGACAUCUACAGCCUGGCGUCAUGCGGAGGUCACAUGACCGGUGACAUCAUCACGUGGGCGGAGUCAGUGGUGGAGCUGCACGGCGGGGUCACCAAAUACCCCUUUGACCCCUGCCACUAAAGAGAAGGACAAUCUGAUUACAAGCCUCAGAGUGCGGAGUGAUCAGCUUGUUUUGAAGCAUUCUGACGACUCGUAACCUGAUUUGAAUGCAAAAUCCUUUCAUUAUCACUUCAAAAAUAUGGCCUUCUGUUUACACGAGAAACUUGAAUGACCCCAUGACCUCCAGGAUUUCAGCACGGACCCCUUUUGUAUCGUUUCAGUGUUUUGUGUAGCGAACGUUUUCUUACUGAACUUUUUUUUAUUCUUAUUCUAUAAAUGGCUCUUCAGUGCCAUUCAGUGUUAGAUGCAAGCACACGACAUAUUGUCAUAACUUGGAUAGAAACCAUAGAUCAUGAAUAGAAUGUGAAGACAGAAGUGCUAUAAAUGUAGAUUAAGAGUAAAACUCAAGGCUCUAUUCGAGCAGAUUGAUUUUCUUGUACUGUAAGAAGAAUCUAAAGAUACAGCGAAACCAAAGAGAAGAGUCGCACAUGCGCUGCUGUUGUGUUUGUACAUUGUUUGUUUUUCUAAUGAAACAUUCUAGCUGAAAUGAGUAUUUCUUAGGUUUGCCUGUACUUGUCCAUGUUAAACUGUCUAGCCAACUCAAAGCUGAGCUAAAUAAGCAGCUAUUCUGAGACUUUUGACAUGUCUUUAGUUCCAGAUUGUGUCGUAGUGUUUUAGCUUAAUCUACUGUGUUUCAUUUACUGUAAAUGCGUUUCAAAAAGAAUAUCAUUUUCCACUAAUGUUUGUGCAUCGGAAUUUAGUAUGCAUUUACUGUUUUUAUUAACUUUUCAUUUGCUUACAGUUUUGAAAGCAGAAAUGCAAUAA